AAUUCGCUCUUGUUAGUUCAUUCUCGUUUAUUGCUCUUAGUGGUUGUAAAUACCUUUGUAUUAAGGUCUUAAAUACCAGUUGUGAGUGUUUUCAAUGUGUGGAUAGUUUUGCAGUGAAUUUUUUUUUCUCUUCGUAGAUUCAAAUUCGUGUAUGAGUUCUGAAACAUCUCCCGUUCUAUGAAUAUUUUACUAUACAAUAGUGAGUGCAGUGUAAACAAGUAAACCUUGCUCAAUCGGAAGAAAGAAAAAAAUUGGUCGGUGAACAAAGAAACAUUUUAAGUGAAUUCCAUUUGAUAAGGAAUUUAUGUAUUUCUAUACUGUGUUUUACUAAUUUGAACAUUUACAACAUAUUUAUCUUAAAGUUACUUGGAUUUUGGUCAAUUCAAUAAAAAUAUAUAAAUAAAUUGUGAAAAAGUGCAUAAUGGUUUACAUUAUGUAUAAACUUGGUACUACGUUGAAAAAUAUUUAUGAUUGUGUUGGUGUGCAUACUAUAGACGAUUUCGUGUGUAUAUAAAGAAAAAAUUGAAGAAAAAAAAAUCAACAGGAUUUUUCGUAUAACUUCAAGUGAUAUUUAUGUCCAGAAAAUUUAUGCAAUCCGCCAAAUAAUGUUAGUGUAUGGUAACGCGAAGGUUAAAGCAAGGAAAAUUUUAAUUCAAGUAUCGAUACGAAUCAAUUGAUAUAUAAAAGUAUAAGCAAUACUUUAUGUAUGUUAAAACAUUCGAAUUACGAAUAACUCUGUGUAUACAUAUAUAUACAUAUAUUUUUUUAUACGUGAUUGAGCGUGUGAGAGCGAAUAGUGGACGACUACAUAUUCGCUUAAACCGCAUCAUUAACCGGCAAAAUUAAGGAUAAACUGACUCCGAGAAAGAACGCCAAUCAAAUUGGCUUAAAAACUAAGAAAUUUUUAAACCAUUCUAAAUUAUUACCAACUUCGCAAUCUCUCUUCAAAAUGACAACUAACAAACGUUUGGCCAAAAGAUCGAUUGUCGGCACGAGAGUGUGUGCACCAGGGCCAGACAAACUAUACUAUAGUGGCAUAAUACAGAAAGUUAAAACACAAUCUGUUGGAAUUCGUGAUAACAAUUGCAUCAUUUUGACGGCGGAUACAAAGUACAUGGUGCGGUUCGAUUUGGGUCAAGAAAUGGUUGGAACCAAUGAGUAUUUGGGUUCAGAAUUGAUAGGACCGGGUUUUCAAAAUGUAAUGAGCGUACAUUUAGCACCUAGGCAACGAGUUUUCAUUACAUAUAAUGGACGUGAAAGUGCAGCAGAGGUUCUUAGUCACGAUUUUACUAAGGAUGACGUCUCUGUUCGUAUUCCAGGAAAUAAUUACGAGGUUUCACUAUGUACCGAGAUUUUAGCAUUACAUGCAGAAGAGAUGUGGAUUUGUUUCUAUAUAUUUUUAUCUGCUUGAAGCCUUUUUAAAGAGAAUUUGUUUUUAUACUAGUGUUAAUUGUUGGAAAUAAAAUAAGGGCGCCCCCACAUACUUAACAAAAAUAGUUAGUUGCUCCGACUGAAUGCGAGAUAGCUUAGGAUAUAUGCUGAGCAUAGUAACUCAGCGAGCCGAGAUUGGUAGAUUUUGAUGUUGUGAAUGAUUCAAACAAAGGACUAUGUCCCAUUUUGGGCCAUUUGGCGCCCAGCAAUGAGAGCGGUACGGAUGGAAGGGGCAUAGUGAGUGUAAUAAUAAUGUAUAGGCAUUCCAGCUC